AGAGGUAACUGUGUAGCUAGUUACAGUGUUUCGUUAACGUGACCUAUCACAUGGUGACAAUAGCUAACGCUACCUGUUGUGAUGCAUGCUGUUAGAUAGCUAGGUUAACUUAACUGGCUAUGCAUAUGAAAUAACAUACAACUCUCACAAACACAGUUCCGUAUAAAAGUUAGUAUUAAACAAAUGUAGCUAGCUACGUUGUUAGCUAGCUAGCGUUAGUCAGUCAGUAUGGACAGAAUAUUUACACUGACGAUGCCAGAUAUUUUUCUAUCAAAUGUGAGUCAAGUAACUAGCUAGCUAAGCUAGGUUGGUUACUCUGAAAUGGGAAGCUAGCCUUUGUCGAAGUGGUGCAACCAAAGUAGUUUAAGUCAAGAUUCGUCAUGGGUGAGAAAAUUGACAUCCCGGACCUUCCUCAUGGUCCAUUAGAUGUGUACAGAAAUCGGGCGUCCUUCUCCUGGAAGGAAAUGAUAAGGUUCCUGGAGGGUGAGGAAGUUGCUUUCAAGCAGCACAUUUUUCAGACAUUGGAGAAUGACCCACUGUUUGCAAGGCAUCCAGGUGAGGAUUUUUCACUGGAGCAGAAGAGAGAACUCACGUUUCGUCGCUGCAAACAGUUGUUUAAGUAUGACUUCCUGACACGGGAUGAAAUGAUUCAGAGUCCCUUGAAGUUGGCUGUCCUCAGUGACUGUCUGGGCAUGUAUGAUUGGUCUUUGGCAACCAAGUACACCCUCAACAAAGGGAUGUUUGGUGCUGCAGUAGCUAAUUCUGGCUCGGAGAGGCACCUCAAAUUUAUCCAAGAUACUGAUAACAUGAUGACAUUUGGAUGCUUUGCACUGACUGAACUGAGUCAUGGCAGCAACACAAGGGCCAUAAGGACAACUGCCAAAUAUGAUCCCAGCACCCAGGAAUUUGUAAUAAACUCCCCUGACUUUGAAGCAGCAAAAUUCUGGGUGGGGAACCUGGGGAAGACUGCCACCCAUGCUGUGGUAUUUGCCAGUCUCUACAUGCCUGAUGGACACUGCCAUGGUCUGCACUCUUUUGUGGUUCAGGUCAGGGACCCCAAGACAUUGCUAUCAAUGCCAGGAGUGUUGGUAGGUGACAUGGGAAAGAAAUUGGGCCAAAAUGGACUGGACAACGGUUUUGCAGUUUUUCAUAAUGUCAGGAUCCCUCGGGAAAAUCUACUCAACAAAACUGGAGAUGUGACACCCAGUGGGUGCUAUGUGACUUCUUAUAAGGACCCUAAUAAGCGUUUCGGGGCCUCCCUGGGCGCAUUGUCUGGGGGUCGAGUGUCCAUUUCCAGAAUGUCUGUAGUGAAUAUGAAGUUGGCCUUGACGGUCGCUGUGCGUUUCUCAGCCACGCGGCGCCAGUUUGGGCCCACAGAGGAUGAGGAGAUCCCAGUGCUGGAGUACCAGCUACAGCAAUGGCGUCUUAUUCCUUACUUGGCAGCAGUUUAUGCACUGGAGGUCUUCACCAAAUCCUUCUUGAUGAACUUUUUUGAAUUUCGUGUUGGCCUCCUUAUGAAGAGCAGCAGUGCCAGACAGGCAGAGCUGGGUAGAGAGAUUCACGCGAUGUCAUGUUCCUGUAAGCCUCUGGGCUCUUGGACAGCCCAGCGGGCCAUUCAGGAAUGCCGUGAAGCCUGUGGGGGACACGGCUACUUGGCCAUGAACCGUCUUGGAGACCUUCGUGAUGACAGCGACCCGAACUGCACUUAUGAGGGGGAUAACAGCGUCCUCCUGCAGCAGACCAGCAACUACCUACUUGGCCUGCACCAGUACCAACAGCAGGGCAAAGGGAGGAUAGAGUCUCCUCUGGAGACGGUGAACUUCUUAGAUAACUGGAGCAGGAUUCUUGAGAGUAGGUUCACAGCUGCCUCUGUGGAGGAGUGCAUGGAUUCAGCAGUGCCUCUGGCAGCAUAUAAGUGGCUUGUGUGUUUCCUCCUUGGGGAAAGUCAGCAGAAACUGGCCAAGCAGAAGGCUCUGGGGCUUGGAGACUUUGAGGCCCGCAACAACAGCCAGGUAUAUUACUGUCAUUCUUUGGCAAUAGUCUACAUUGAGCACACAGUUCUCCAACGAUUCCAUGAUCUGACGUGCGAUGAGCAAACUCCAGCAGGUCUUAGACCAGUUCUGAGGAAGCUCUGUGCUCUGUACGGCCUCUGGUCCCUCUUCAACCACAUGGCUAUUCUUUAUCAGGGUGGGUAUUUCACUGGUAAGGAGCCAGCAGACUUCAUCCAGAGUGCUGUUCUCACUCUUUGUAGCCAGCUGAAAGACGAUGCUGUGGCACUGAUUGAUGUGGUUGCUCCUCCUGACUUUAUUCUGAACUCACCCAUUGCCAAAGCAGAUGGUGAGCUGUAUAAGAAUUUGUGGACUACAGUCAUGCAGGGCAAGAAUGUUCUGGAUCGUCCGUCUUGGUGGGCUGAGUUCUGUUACGAAAAGCCUCAAGUGGGAUCCCUCCGAGCCAAGCUGUGAUAUGCUGGGCCGGAUGACGUCGCCUGUCGGCAACAAGCCCCGCCUUCCUGAAAGUUUUACCUUUUAAUCUGAACUUUGGUAUUAUGCUAAUCAGUUAGAUUGGAAAAACUAAUCAAAUGGAUGUAGUGGUAUUUUCAGUGAUCUAGUUCAGAAUUUCUGGAAUUCAUCAUUUAAAUGAUAAUUUAUUUUGACUGGGCCUACCUGCACAAUGUUGGUGUUUUAAAAGUAUGAUUAAAACGCAAAUUCUAGCCACAUUUGCUAGCUUCAGUUUUCAUGCAAAUGAUUUAAUGAGCUGUAUGUACUGACUUGCAAAUUCACUGUACUCUAAUACUCCAAUUCACCAUGUGUGAAUCUGCUGUUUUAAUAUUGGCUAACUUGGUCAUCAACUAAUGGCAUUAGAGCGGGUUUUCAUGAUUACUAUUUAAUGUAAUGAGCAGUAGUGAUGUACACGAGUAUACCACUGAUUCAGCGGAUCUGGGCUAAACACCAAGUAAUAAAUGCACCUUAUGUAUGUUUGAAAUUGCCGCUCCUCCUGUUGGAAUGUGACAUCAACUGUGUAUUGCCAAUGGGUGGCAUUUUCAGACUCACUGCACCAAGUUUUGAUGGCUUAGUGGAGAUGGAGUCCUGACACCUUCAUGUCUAGGCCGGUUCCCUUUGUCUAAGUGUUGCUGAUCACUCACUCUCAAUAUACCCUUAAGUUGUUUAUAUCUUCUGGCCCCACGAGAACUGUUGCAGCCCUUCUUGAUUUGCUUUUUCAUAUGAGAAAUAAGCCCCGAUUGGGAUCUUUUAUUGUGAUGCUUGUCCUUGCAUGCAGUGAGGUAAGCCAGUCACCUUCUGGACCAUACUGUGAUUUCUUACGAUGUCUCAUUUAAUUAAUUAAAGUAAUUAUAUUAGUUUCACUGAGAUCAUAACUGUUGAACUGUGUGCAGUUUUGUAAUAAUUAUAACUAUGGAUAUAGCAUUGUUGCUAUACAUAUGCUAUAUUACAAUCAGAUUGAAGUAAAAACUUUUUUUGAAGAUCAUUUACAAAAAAAACUUUGUUUACUUCUGGACAUGAAAAUUCUGCACAUUGUGUGUGUGUGUGUAAUAUGAUGUAUUGCAACUUUAUUUUUGUUUCAAUUAUGACUUCUAACCAAAUUAAACCAACAUAAACCUUAUGAAACCUCAAGAAUAAUAUCCCAGUUUUUAGCCUUUAAUUUUCAGUAUGUUAGAAUCUCAGCUUUAAGGUGAACAUCCUACCUUGAAGAGGUGUUUAGAAUACUCCGUUUACAAUUGUGACAUCUUCACAGAAUGUAUGUUUCUGGGUAUAUGUGUGACCUAAAAAGCAUUGCUUGCUUUUGCUUCAGUUUGUCAUAUUUCCAAUAAUAAAAGCAGUGGACUACACUUGUCA